CUGACGACGACUGUCCCCUUUCUUCUUCCCAAAUGGCCACUGCCCCAGCGAAGCCAAUCCCCGCCGCCGCUGGCAGCUGCGGCGGCGACGACCCCGAUCUGAUCAGCCUCCUUCCCGAUUGCAUUCUCACCACCAUCCUCUCGCUCCUCCCCCUCCCGGCCGCCGCUCGCACCCAAAUCCUCUCCCGCCGCUGGCGCCGCCUCUGGCCGUCCGCGCCGCUCCACCUCCUCGACUCCCACCUCCAGGUCCCAACCUCCUCCCUCCCCGCCGUGGUCUCCCGGAUCCUCGCCUCCCACCGCGGCAACGCCGCGCGGUUCGACAUCCUCCUCGCCCGCCCCUCCGCCGCCGACCUCGACUCCUGGCUCCGCUCCCUCGCCGCCAAGCACCUCCAGGAACUCGUCCUCCGGCCCCCGUCCGACGAGCCCCUGCGCCUCCCGCCGUCAUUCCUCUCCUGCCGCUCCCUCCGCUCCGCUGAGCUCACCAACUGCCGCCUCCCCGAGGAUGCCGCCGCCGUCGCCGAAGUCUACUUCCCCCACCUCGCCGAGCUCACCCUCCGCCUCUCCCGGGUCCCCGCCGCCGCCGCCCUCCACGGCCUCCUGGCCGGCUGCCCCGAGCUCGCGAGCCUGUCGCUCGACCGGGUCUUCGGCUGCCGGACCCUCCGCGUGCGGUCCCGGAGCCUGCGCAGCCUCACGGUGUCGGUCUCCCUGACGCGGCGGCGCGUCCUGGAGGGUGCCGAGGAGCUGGAGCACCUCAUCGUCGAGGAUGCGCCUGCCCUGGAGAGGCUGCUCGCGCACGACAUCAACUGGGGCCCAUCGAUAAAUGUAAUGCAUGCGCCGCGGCUGCAGAUGCUUGGCUACUUGGGGGUCGGGAUCCCGGAGCUGCAGCUUGGCUCCGCGUUGUUUCGCUCGAUGCGCGCUGUUAGACUGUCGGCGGAGUUCCGGUGUGUGAGGACACUUGCGCUGGAGAUGGCAGAUCCGCAGGUGAAGCCUGUGGCAGUCUUCCUCCGGUGCUUCCCCUGCUUGGAGACGCUCUAUGUCACGUCUCACAUGGUUGUUCCCCAGAGCAUGGAAAUAUUGAAUUAUGAGAUGGAUGAUCCCCUAGAGUGCCUCAACUAUCGUCUCAAGACAGUGGUGCUGAAAGGUUACAGAGGGCGAAAGCAUGAGCUUCAGCUAGCCAUGUUUCUUGUUCGUAGUGCAAGAGUUCUACGGGUUAUGAAAUUCUUGUGUGAGAAUGACUGCAACCUUUCAUGGUUGACAAACCAAAAAAGGCGAUUACUGUUGGACAACAGGGCAUCACUAGGGGCUCAAUUUGUUUUUCAGAAGAUCACCAAGAGCUACAUCAGGUUUCUAAAGCAAGCAAGUAACAUUUCUUUAGUUGAUCCCUUUGACACUUAACCUUAGACUCUUACUGAAUGUUCUCUCCAUUUUUCCUAUCAUUAAUUUUAUCACAAAGAUAAAAAGUGAUCAUGUUCUGUACAUGGAUGAAGCCUAUGUGUAGCUGUGAUUUGGAUUAAACGUGUCUGGAAUUUUCAUGAA